ACAGAUGUACUGCUGCUCACAGAUGUACUGCUGCUCAGCUACUUUUUUUUUUUUAAAGAAUGCUAUGCAAACAUGCACGGCCAUAAUUUAUCCGCAUGUUAGUGGGUGUAGAUCUUCACUUCAGGUUAUGACAUGCAACUUUACGCCGCAUAGACACGCAGAUUUUAUAGCUCAUUCGUGUUUAUUGGAGCGUAUCAACCAAGGACGUAGUUACAGAACAAACUGGAGCGAAAUGCAUGCGUUUAAAAGUGAAACAAAAAAAGAUCUGCGUUCGGACUGAACGUAUGUUUGGAUCUGACCGACAAGAAGAGUUUCGAUUGUCGCUGUUCGAAUUCAAGUUCAUCUCAAGUGCAUUAUGGAGACUUGCGUGAUAGCUGUCGAGGAAAACCAAAACGACAUGAUCAAGACACAUUCGUGUUUCGAGAGGACGUUUUCAUCGAUGACAGUGGACGAUGUGUAUGAAAUCGCUAAAGUGGUGGGGGCAGAAGUGGAGAAGCUCAUCGACAGCUAUGGGAAGUCGAGUGUGGAGGGUCUGGUGUCUCGCAUAGUGAAAGUGUUGGAGCUCUUGGAGAGUUUCGCGGCGAGAAACCAAGCUCAUAAAUGUAAGGAAGAGGAGCUAUUGAAGGCUUUUGAGACGUUACAGAUACAGCAGCAGAAGAAACGACAUGUGAAGGAAUGCGAUGAGACCAGCAACGGUACAGAGAGUGGGGACUGGCAGCAGAAGGAGAAGAAACUGAAGGAAAAUGUUAAAGUGUUACAGUCCCAGGUGCAACAGCUCAAGGAAGAGAAUCAGGAGCUUCUGGCCCGUUUACAAUGCACACACUCGAAAGAAGACCGCACACAGCGUCAGGAACGAGAAGUGAUGCUCAAGCUGAAGGAAGUGGUGGAUAAGCAACGUGAUGAGUUAAGAGCAAAAGUGCAGGAGAUUUCCAGCAUGUCCAAGGAAGUGGAAGCGCUCCAGGAGCAGCAGGAGCGACUAAUGAAGAUAAACGCAGAGCUCAGACACAAGCAGAACAUCAUUCAGACUCAGCUGAAGAGUGCAGUGGAGAGGAAGGCCGACCUGGAGGCCGACCUGUGCGAGAAACAGAAAGAGAUAGAGCGCCUGAACUCACAGUUAGAAAGACCCAGCGUACAUACUGCUGCUGAAACGAGCAGUUCAGCCAUUGACCUCACAGAUAAGAUGAUCAUUGACUUGAAGGAUCCAAAUCGGCCAUGUUUUACCAAGCAGGAAGUACGGGACUUGCUUUUUGAGAAGAAUGAGUUGAAGGCCAAUCUCUUUCUGGUCAAAGAGGAGCUUGCAUAUUACCAAAGGGAAAUCCUGAAUGAUGAGAGAUGCCCAGGGUUCUUACUGGAUGCCGUGCGCUCUGCCAUAAAGAAGCAGAGGACCGUUAUAAAGUCUAAAAUGCUUGGCAUACCCGUUAGCGAAUGUAGAACAGAUGAGACAGAUGGCCCUUUGUUUGAGAGGAGUGCAAAUGAAGACAAUGACACUGACAGCACUGACAACGGACCCCAGGACUCGCGCAUCAGAAACCUAUUUGGUUUCCUGACGCGGUCCAAUCUUACAAGGAGCUCUGGUUCCCAGCCCUCCGGCCUUCCAACAUCCAGCUCCACGUGGGAAAUCAUUGAUCCAGACGAGCAGGGAGGCCAGGAGGAGACACAGACCCUCAGCUCCUCUUAAAAACCACCGCAACUGUCACUCAUCUUCACCUGGGUUAGAAGAGAGAAGUUCAAAAUAUGUUCUUGAUCUCAUUUAGGUUUCAAACCGGAGAACGGACUACUCUUUGUAUUUGGUUAUACAAACAUAGUAUUUUAGUAUUUGUUGCCUAAGCAGACCUUUUUCUCAGUAUAAAAUCAUUCAGCACUUGGCUUUUGUUCAUUUAGCCGAUAGCUAGAUUUGUUGCCUGAUGGUCAUGACCUGAAGACGAGGUCAGAUUGUGUCAGUCAUAUACAUAUUGUUAUUGUUUACCGUUCAAAAACGUAGGGUCAGUUUUUAAUGUUUUUGAGAAAAGCCUCGUUUAAUCACCAAGGCUGCAUUUAUUUGAUAAAA